GUGAUAAAGGAUAAAAACAACCACACGAGUUUAAAAUUUAAUAUAUUAUAAAUUUAUAAGUAUUAUAUAAAUAAUCCUUCAAGUUUACUUAUUUUAAUAUUUAUAAUUUAUUGAAACAUAAUUUUGCUGUAUGAAAUACAUUUACUAUGGAGCUUUUAUCAAAACUAUCUCUCAAUAAUCAGAUUGUCACCAUGCGUCAUAUUGUGCGGAAAUCAAAAGUGCAUACUAUACACAAAUUAACACGGGAAGCAAAAAAGUUGAAAGAAAAAAAAGGAAACGAAGAACAACUUGUCAAAAAUAAAAAAAAAGCUGAACGCUUUAUUAGUGAACUGAUGGUGAUAAAGAAAUUAAAUGAUGACGAUGUUACAAAAUAUGCCUUGCAAAAUGAAGUGCCUUCUGCUACAAUAUUAAAUAGUAUAGACAUAACAUUGGAAACUAGGGCAUUAGCAAGGUUAGCAGGACAUAAGUUUAUUACAGAUGAAGUUCAAAAAUUUAGAAGCAAAUAUCCUGAUUGGAAACUAUGCAUAACAGAUUUAUUAAAUGAGUUAGGUGCUAAAUAUAGAGCAAAAAAGAAACCCAUUAAAAACAAAUCAGUGAAGACAGAGAUUAAAACUAAAAUUCUCACUAAGAAUAAUAACAAAAUUAAAAACAUGAGAGAAUUUGAAUAUGCUCAGUCCGAAUCUGACGGUGUUCAAUCUGAGCCUGAAGAUCAUUCAGUGUCUGAUGGUGUUCAGUCUGAGCCUGAAGAUCAUUCAGUGUCUGAAGGUGCUCAGUCUGAGCCUGAAGAUCAGUCAGUGUCUGAUGGUGCCCAGUCUGAGCCUGAAGAUCAGUCAGUGUCCGGAGAUGCCCAGUCUGAGCAUGAGGAUCAAUCAGUCUUUGGAGGUGCUCAGUCUGAGUCUGAAGAUCAGUCAAUGUCUGAUGGUGCCCAGUCUGAGCCUGAAGAUCAGUCUGAGUCAAAAAAUACUUCAAAAAGUGACAGUUUAUUUUUGCAGAAAAUAAUGCCCCAUGAAAACAAUUCAAGUAAUGAUGAACAUCAAAACAAUGUGUCUAGAGACUCGAAAAUCUCCAACAAUAAAGAAAUGUUUGUCAAAAACAAAGAGGAAUACUCAAGUACAUUAGACAAAAGCUUACUUAACUCACAAGUAAAAACAGAUGUUUUAAACACUCAACUACCAAAGAAAAGCUCACAUUCGUCCACUAAUGAAAUCCUUGACAAUAUUGAUAAAAAUGUAUCAAAAAGAAAAGCCAAACAAAGUAUUUCAAGUAAAGUUGACAGUAAAAAAAAAAGAAUUACUGCAAAUGAAAUUAAGCCUGUUUGUGAAACAGUUGAUUCAUUUUUCAUGACUGUUGACAAUAAGGAUUACAUGUCGGUAUACAAACCACCACCAGUAACUGAACGAGUUCUUGAGGAACAUACAAAAGUAGAAUAUCAAAAACCAGUUAAAGAAUUUUUCAGUAAAGGCAAAAAGGUAAUUGUUGGUAAACAAAAUAACAUGGGCAACCGAAGAGAAAGAAGGCAGCAACAAGUUGAGGAAUGUGUUGAUACAACAUUACAUCCGUCAUGGGAAGCAAAACGUAAACAAAAAUCAUUGGCCAAAUUUGAAGGAAAGAAAAUAACAUUUGACGACGAUGAAGAUUAAUGUUUGUAAAAAAAAAAAUGUUUAAUUUCACAUAAAUAAUAAAAAAUAAAUUAAAAAAAAUACAAAAUAAGUAACCACACAGUUAUUUGUUU